CACCUGAAUUUCCGAGAUAAAACUGGUAAGAGCAGCAGGUCCGGGAGCCGGCUGGGAUCCAGAGAGAAAGUGCAGCCUGUGAAAAGGCUCCAGGUUAACCCUUCUACUAGUUUCAUUCUCUUUGCCGGCCAACCCUUGAAAUACAACAACACCUAGAAGUUUUCCUCACCUAAUAUCACCUACAAGACACUAUCGCAUACCUAUUUGCUCUCUACUGUCUAAUGGCGUCUGCUACUCGCGCACUUCGUCUUGCGAACGAUUUCCAGCCCAUACCCAUACACCACCGGGCAGCAAGGCCGUAUUUCGGCCGCGGUGGACACAAGGUUUUCCAGCCCACCAGUACAGCAGAUAUCUCGAGUUUUAUCAAACAGGCAAGAGAAUUCGCCGCCAGCGAGGGCCAUCAUCAUGACUACAGAUUCACAUCUGAGCCGUUGCCGGUACCAUUCGAAACGACACCUCUAGAAAUCUUUGCUCUUGCUCUCGCAGUCUUCGCUGUUGUCUGCGUUCUUGGCUGCAUGGUCAUGGUCGCUAUCAAAAUGAAGCGCUCUCGGGCACAACAUGAGUUGUACAGCUUCUCGGAUUCAGACGACACGAUGAAUGUCGCCUUCCAAGAGGUACCCAGAGCUUUCAUUGACAGUGUCAAGCGGCCGAGUAACCCCGUGCCGGAAACGGAAAUGAACCGGCUGAAGGAGUUGGAAGAAGACAGAACUUCUUUGGCCCCGAAACAUAUUUUCAGACCGUGGAGAGAAGCCUCCAUCGACCGCAAGAGUGGAGAUAGGGAGUUGGGUGAUGGUCCGUCGACAGGACUUCGGUCCGAACAUGCCACGAGUGAGACGGCCCCGUCGACCGGCAAUCAAAAGGAUUCGGCCUAUACAUCCAGCAAGGAUCCCGUCCGAUUUAGCCGCAGAGCUUCGCGACCAUUUUGCAAUAGUGAUGCGGAUGCAACCUCACAAAACCCGUACAGCCGUAUAUAGCUUCAUCACGCGAAAACGCAACAGGGUAAAAUUGUAGACAAAUAAAAAAGAUUCUAUUCCCUCGCUCGUCUCCCGUCCUAAUCUAGGGUUACCGGCUCCUCAAGGUGGUCGCAUGAGGGGACCGCCGGCUUUGACUCCCUAGCAAGCCUCACGUGUGUGUGAUGUAGUAUAUUUGUACAGCGGUGUUCCGAUCCGGGUCGUGUUAUCUAUCGGCUCGACAUUUGAGCAUUUCAUGCCUGCUUCCUGAUCUCUCUGGCGGCCUGCUUCAGGUUGGAGUU